AUGGCAAGCGGCCCUCUUGGUAGGGGCUCACUCAGCCGAAAGUCUUCAGCCCCGUGGGAUAGACUAAGGCCAGUCAAACAAGAUCCCUUGGAAAGCAUGGGGUUUGUAUCUAAGGGUGACCAUAGACUGCUUGACCUUAAAACCCAAGAGAGCUUCUACAAUAAGAUUGUCGCUCGGUAUAUGCAAUUUUGCACGAAUUAUUCCAAGGAUCUCGACGCCGCCUUCGCAUCGCUUUCUUUGGAGGGGGGUCUUUCAACAUUGUUGCAUUCAGCCGCAAACCCUCUAGUUCGAUCUUGUCCGAAACCAUCACUGACCACGACACUUGACCCACAACCUGCGAUGGCGGGCCAACAAUCCGGUUCUUUGGCACCACCGCCAUCUUCGGAACUAUCUAUCAUUUUAGUGGCGCUCCGAAAGCUAAGGGAGGGGCUCUUAGCAAGCUCUUCGACCGCACCGUCGCCGGUUUUUUCCCAAAGAGUCCAUGUCUUCAAUAUUCGAGUAGCAGUCCUGGCCCGCCAUCCACCAUCAUAUCAUCCUUCGCUUUUGCAUCUCCUUUUUGUGCUCCACACCCCAAGCAAUCCUCUUCCUCGGUCUGAGCUAGUCGAGAUGACAACCUACCUCAUCCUUGAUAUGGCUACUCGGCAGAGUGACUUGUGCAAUGCGUACGCUUUGCGAUAUAACAGCCGCAUCAAAUUUGGCUACGAAAACUUAAACACGGACAAGUUGCUAAGAUCCAUUGUCACGGGCGAUUGGAUCUCCUUCUGGAGAGUCAGGCGGAAGGUUGAUGGGUAUAUCCGCAGCAUUUUGUUUUGGCACCUGGAACCUCAGCGUAGGUUGUCGUUGAAAGCAAUUGGACGCUCGUAUCUCACGAGUGAUAUCAAGUGGAUCCUCGAGAGUGCGACAGGAGGCGAGAUGGGCUGGGAGGAGCUGGUCAGGUCAGAAGAUGUUGGGUGGCUUCGAGAAGGAGAAAAGGCAGUGAUCCGAAAACCGAAAGCUCGCUAA